CCGCGGACGGCGGGUGCCAUGGUGACGCGUGCAGGGCCCGAGGUGGCCAUGGCGGCCAAACCUGGCUCUCCAGUCCAGGCCGGCGCUGCGUUCCUUCUCUUGGUCCUCGGCGAAGUCUCGUGGGCCCAGAUCUUCUCCUUCCCUUUCCAGCGGCCCGAGUCGUGCGGCCUCCAUCAGUACUUCGACAUCUCCGCGCUCUCCUGCGAGCCCUGUGGCGCCAACCAGAGGCGGGACGCCCUAGGAACCUCCUGUGUGUGUCUGCCAGGAUAUCACAUGAUCUCUAACAAUGGAGGGCCGUCCAUUGUUUGUAAAAAGUGUCCAGAAAACAUGAAAGGUGUUACCAAAGAUGGCUGGGACUGUAUUUCUUGCCCUGGUAGCUUAACAGCUGAAGGAAAAUGCCACUGUCCCACUGGUCAUAUAUUAGUGGAAAGAAGUGUUAAUGGAUCUCUGUUAUCCCAAGCCACUUGUGAGCUCUGUGAUGGAAACGAAAACUCGUUCACAAAAGCCAGUGCUCUAGGAACCAGGUGUGUCCGCUGUGAACCAACGUUCGUGAAUACCAGCAGGUCUUGCACAUGCUCAGAACCUUACAUUUUGACAGGUGGGCUGUGUUUCAGCAACACAGGUUAUUUCCGGCAGCGUGUAAUUUCUCCGGCACGCUAUGGAGAGCUUGGGAUGUCAUUAAACUCAGAAUGGUUUGCCCGGCACUUGCAGGCGGCGGCAGCUGCAUGCUGGGUUCAUGCUAACCUGACAUCUUGCCAGGCUCUUGGAAAUAUAUGUGUGAUGAACAUGAACUCCUAUGACUCUACCACCUUUGACGCGUGCCGCCUGUUCCAUUACAUCUUUGAAAGCACUGCUGGAUUGAGCAGCGUUCAUUCUGUCCCGUUCUGGAGGCAGAACCUUCCUUGGUUGUUCUAUGGAGACCAGCCAGGAUUGGCCCCGCAAGUUCUCGGUACCACCCCUCUUCCUACAAACUUCAGUUUUAAAGGACAGAACCAGCUGAAGUUUGUUGCUGCUUCCUAUGACAUAAGAGGAAAUUUUAUCAAAUGGCAAACUUUAGAAGGUGGUGUUUUACAGCUUUGUCCAGACACAGAGACAAGACUGGAUGCAGCUUAUUCUUUUGGAACAACCUACCAGCAAAACUGUGAAAUCUCUCUCUCUAAAAUCCUGGCUGACUUUCCCAGUCCUAUAUUUUAUGAUGUCUAUCUAGAGUACACCGACAAAGAUGAGCACCAUUAUGUGUGGGCUGUCCCCGUGUUAAACCUAAAUCUCCAACACAAUAAGAUGUUUGUGAACCAAGACAGCAGCUCCAGCAAGUGGCUUCUUACUCGGCGCAUCUUCUUAGUGGAUGCAGUCAGUGGACGAGAAAAUGACCUCAGAAGUCAACCAAGAGUAGUUCGAAUUGCUACCCAGAUAUCACUGAGCAUACGCCUUGUACCCAACACAAAGAAUGGAAACAUAUAUACUCCCUUACUGACCAUCGCCUACAGUGAUGUUGACCUCAGAAACGCUAACAGCCAGUCUGUGAAGAUUUCCUUCUCAGUCAAAUAUGAGAUGAAUCAAGGAGACGCAUUUGUCCAGACAGAUAUUGCGUUGGGUGUGUUGGGUGGGCUGGCUGUGUUGUCAUCUCUUCUGAAGACAGCAGGGUGGAAAAGGCGCAUUGGGAGCCCCAUGAUUGAUUUACAGACAGUCAUGAAAUUCUUGGUGUACUAUGCUGGUGAUCUGGCCAAUGUGUUCUUUAUCGUCACAGUGGGAACUGGUCUCUAUUGGCUUAUUUUCUUCAAAGCACAGAAGUCUGUCUCUGUCUUGCUGCCGAUGCCGGCUCAGGAAGAACGUUUCGUUACCUAUGUGGGGUGUGCCUUUGCUAUGAAGGCUCUACAAUUUUUGCACAAGCUCAUCUCCCAGAUUACCAUAGAUAUAUUCUUUAUUGAUUGGGAGCGGCCCAAAGGAAAAGUUCUUAAAGCUGUCGAAGGUGAGGGCGGUGUCCGGAGCGCCACUGUUCCUGUGAGCAUAUGGAGGACAUACUUUGUAGCAAAUGAAUGGAAUGAGAUUCAGACUGUGAGGAAAACCAAUCCUCUCUUCCAAGUGCUCAGCACACUCUUCUUUUUGGAGGUUGUGGGAUUCAAAAACUUAGCAUUGAUGGAUUCAUCCUCCAGCCUUUCUAGAAACCUGUCUGACUACGUGGCACCUUACAGCCGCAUUUUGAGAUACGCUGUGGCCACUGCUAUCUGGCUGGUGAUUGGGAUAAUACAGGUUUUCUUCUUUGGGGCCUUUUACGAGCGAUUUAUAGAAGACAAAAUCCGGCAGUUCGUCGACCUGUGCUCCAUGAGCAAUGUGUCCGUGUUUCUGCUGUCACACCGGUGUUUCGGGUAUUACAUCCACGGGAGGUCAGUGCACGGACACGCAGACACCAACAUGGAGGAGAUGAACAUGAACCUCAAAAGAGAGGCGGAAAAUUUGUGCAGCCAAAGAGGUUUGGUACCCAACACGGAUGGGCAGACUUUCCAGAUUGCAGUUUCUGAUCAGAUGAGACAGCACUACGACAGAAUCCAUGAAACACUAACAAGGAGAAAUGGCCCCGCCAGGUUACUGAGUUCAUCAGCAAGCACUUUCGAACAAAGUGUAAAAGCAUACCACGCGAUGAAUAAGUUCCUUGGCUCUUUCAUCGAUCAUGUUCAUAAGGAAAUGGAUUACUUCAUAAAGGAUAAGCUGCUUCUGGAGCGAGUCCUGGGGAUGGAGUUCAUGGAGCCCAUGGAGAGGAGCAUCUUCUACAACGACGAAGGCCAUUCUUUCAGCAGCGUGCUGUAUUAUGGAAACGAGGCCACGCUCCUUAUCUUUGAUCUGUUGUUCUUCUGUGUUGUGGACUUGGCUUGCCAGAAUUUUGUUUUAGCGUCCUUCCUCACGUACCUGCAGCAAGAGAUUUUUCGAUUUAUCCGCAAUACAGUAGGACAAAAGAAUUUGGCAACCAAAACUCUAGUGGAUGAGAGAUUUCUUAUCUAAGCUGUGCCUACAGAACUUAAGGACUGGGUGUGAUUGUGACACAGCCGUGAUGUCAGUCAUACUUUUUAAAACUUGUAAUACUUAUUAUUCUUUCAUUUUUUUAUAUACAGAAAAACUUAUUUUUAUAGCUUGUAAGUAUGAAAUACAGUAGAGAGUACUAUUUCCCUAUUAUGUAUUGUAUUCAAUUUACUAAGUAUUACAUUAGCACUGACCAUAGGACAGAAAAAGGGAAGGAAGGAGGAAAGAGAAGCAUGUGGCUUUCCGUGGUCGGACGUGAUGACAAGCUCGCCGCCAUCAGGACACGGGUCGGCCUACGAUUCUCAAAGUGACAAAUCUAGUUGAUUGUAGGUUCAGAGCUAGUGUUUAGUUCAGUAUUUGCAUGUUUUACUUAUGUUUAUAAUGAAAUAAACAUUUAAAGGUACUUUCAAAUUUA